AGAGAAAAUACAGCAAAGCAUUUUCCAUUGGGCGCCAUAAAAAAUUCUGUUUACGCUGCUACGAAAACAAAUUCAAACGAUACGAAAUAGUUUUGUUGUUUGCUUUUUAUAAAUAUAGUAUAUACUCGUUCUGGAAUUUGUGGAAUUUUUAUAUCUUGUGGCGCGCCAGAUCGGGCAACGGACUCGUAAAUAUGCAAGAGCUAAUUACCAUUCCCAGUUUGCCAGCUAGCCUGGCAGCCGAAACACAAAAGAAACUUAGGAGCAUUGUGGACGAUAUCAAGAACAUAUCAGAGGCAGUUUUCGCUGAUAAUGUUGCCGAGGACAAGGAUCACGCCUGCCAUAGUCAAAUAAAAUCGGAUAAUCAGACGCCCUAUCCAGGCAUCUCACGGCUGACGCCUUCUCUCUACCUGUGCGGCGCUGCGGCUGUGGUGCCGGCGCACCUGGACAAGCUGGGCGUUAGCUGUGUUGUGAAUGUGGCGCCGGAGCUGCCGGACACGCCGCUGUCCAGUGCCAGUAAUCCAUUGUAUCUGCGCAUCAAUGCACAGGAUCGGGCCGGAGUUAAUUUGGCGGCCCAUUUCGAUGAGGUGGCCGAUUUGAUUGAGGAAGUGCGUCUCAGUGGCGGCAGCUCCCUGGUGCACUGCGUUGCCGGCGUCAGUCGCUCCGCCUCCCUAUGCUUAGCCUAUUUAAUAAAAUACGGCGGCAUGAGUCUCCGCGAAGCCUAUACACACGUGCAAUCCAUACGGCCGCAAGUGCGACCCAAUUCCGGAUUCUUUCAGCAGCUGCGCCAAUACGAGCAACAAUUGCGUGGCAGCUGCUCGGUCGAAAUGAUUUACUUUGCCUCAUUGGACAAGGAAAUACCCGAUAUCCUGGAGCCGGAAUACAGAGCCAUGGAGGAUUUCUAUCAACGAUAUCGCAGCUCGCUAAAGAAACGUUAAGCUAAGAUUAAAAUACGCCCCCCCCCGCCUCCCACUCCCUCUUUAAUGUUCUUUGUGAUAUGUGUAAUAGUUUUUUUUUUUGUAAAUAAUUUACGCUUAGAUAUUCUAGUUGUAGAACCUAACUAUUUGUAUGUAAUAACUAAUUAGUGUGCUGAUAAAUAUACGAAUAUGCU